AUGGCAUCGAUGUGGGUGAUAUUGAUGGGUCGGAAGAGGUACGACUCCCAGUGGAAGGAGGUGAGGAUCAUCAAUGGCUAUGCCGUGCUCGUCGUGUAUGUCUUCGACGCCAUCAGAGGGGUCGGCUACCUGGUGGUCAUGUGGGCCACGGUGGUGCUCCUCGGCGGCUUCGUCUCCAUGAUCGACAAGGUGGAUUUCGGGAGGCUGACGCUGAUCACCCUCAUAGAGCUGCUCUGGAUAAACGCCUCAUUCCUUGAAAGGAUAAGAUCUGCUGCUGACCUAUUGUCGAGCUUGAAGGCAGUGAAAAACCUGCUGACACGCAGCUGGCAGCUGGGCGAUAACGCGUGCAACCAUCACCUGGAGCCGCGAGGCAUCAAACGAGCUGCGCUGGCACUACUUGUGGCGGCGAGAUGGGCUCUGGCGCUGGUUCACAGUGUGGUGUUGAGCUUCUGCAUUGCCUCUGUGAUGUGUCUCUUGCUAUUUGGACUGUUGAUCACCACCUUGAUUUCGAUACUCGGUCUAAUAAGAGAUGACCAUUACGGCGACACGGCGGAGGGCAGAGCAAACAUGGACCCGGCACACAAUAUCCUGUAUGUCCUGUGUCUAGCCCAAGGUGCCUUGUUUGUCUAUAGAAUCGCCCUGUUCCUCUCGAGGGAGAGGAUAGUGAAGAAAGUGAGCCGAGCAUACGGCUUCCAAGAUGAUGGCCAUGCAGUUUCAUGCUACUUGGAUGAGAUCAGGAAGGGAUACUCCAAGAAGAUAUUAUCCGCCAGAGAACGAAACCUUAUCACAUAUGCUAUCGAGCUCAUGGAGUCCAAGUCGCCCCGUAGCUGCCUUUCUGGGGCGCUGAUACUGGACAGACUACUCACCCGGAAGCAUCCAAACGAGAUCAAAGCUCCUGAUUUGACGGCACGGGCAGAAGAAAAACAGCAUCAACCAUCAUCCUUGUCGGAAAUGGCUGGAGCUCCUUUGGUUGAAAAGGAUAUGACGAAUAAGGAGCAGAGGAAAAAGAAGAGGGAGGAGAUGAGGAAGAAGAGGGGUGAGUGGAGGAAGAAGAGGCAGCAGAAUCAGCAAACAGAGGAGGAGAUCAUCGCGGUGCAGCGCAGGAUGAUAAGGCGGCUGAUCGGGUCCGCAGCCUCCACACACAUUCUCCAGAAACUGCUUCAUACGCUGGAUUCGAGGCGCCCAUUUGACAAACGGAUGAGGGAGGCUGCCGCGAGGAUAGUAGAGCACGUUGCCAGCGGUAUCCGGUUGGUCCAGUUCCCACGAGGGAUCCAAUGCAUAUCUUCACUGCUCAACUGCUUCGAAGAAUACUGCCGACUCCAGCCAUAUCGAUCAUCAUUGUCAUCCUCCUCCGCACCGAACACAAACGUAGACACUACAAGGACUCCGCCGCCGUCAAAAGCAAACAAUGGUCAUGAUCAGGGACAAGACAGCAGCAUCCACACUUCGACACUGGAGUCAGAGUUAGAGUACUCAGAGUCAGAAUCAGAAUCAGAUUCAGAGUCAGAUUCAGAUUCAGACAGGAGGAUCGACCGGUCAUCAUCAUCUAAGAUGCUCCAUGGCUACAAAGAGCUGGUUCUAAUUGGCCUGAAUAUCCUAUGGAGCCUCGCAGGCAGCGAGGACAACUGUGCAAUCAUAAGCAAAGCCAAAUAUCCUGUCUCAAAGAUCAUGGCGCCUGUUAGCUACGACCUAGUGCACCACGCAGGUCAUAGUAAAUGGUCCACUAAGGUAGUAGUGAGAUCAUUGGCGGUGAUGCUUCGGUUGAUUGUGACUGCCAAGAGAGAAACUGCGACGGACCUGCUUCAACAGAUGUCAGAGGAUAAGGAAGCAAUCGCCACCAUGAAAACAAUUGUUACCUGUGAAGAAUGUAAAGGAGGAGAACUGCAGAUGAAGGCCAUGCAGAUCCUCGUGCAACUAUGCAUGGAAGAAACUGCAGACAGAGUAAAUCUCACUAAGAUGCUCAUAGGAAUCUUCGUUAAUGUUGAUAGCAGUGACUCCAUCAGAGAGACUACGGUUAAAGCACUGGUUGUGUUGUUUCUUGGCAGAAAAAGCAUUGCCCCCCUCAUCCCCAAGGAGGAGAAUGAUGGGUUUGUCGGUGGUCUCACCAAAAUACUAGUGGGGGACGAUGACACAUGCAGAAAAAGUGCAGCAGAAAUUCUGGAGCAUCUAUGUAUCCAUUAUGCUGAGAAUGUUGAAUCUGUUAGUACACUCAAGAAUGCCAUGAUGGGAGUGAUGCCAAAGGUGCUCGAAGAAAUACUACUUGGUUGUGAGUCAACAGGGCAAGAAGGAAUUCCCGAAUCUACGAGUUCAGGUGGUGAUGUCGAAAGCCAAGUCAUUGAGGACAACGAUAAGAAGAAGAAGAACAUUACUUCUUCCCAUCCUAGACAGAAGAAACACCACAAGCUGCAUGUUGCUCUGCUAUCCCUCUGUGUGACAGCAUGUGACAAAUUAGACCUUGAUCUCGACUCAAUUUCGCCGGGAGAAGGAAGAGAUCGAGCUAGAGAUCCCGGAGAAUGCGUCGCGAUCAGCCUUGCUACGAAGAUGGUACAGUUAAACAGGGAUCUCCUGACCGCGGAAAGCCUCGCAGCGAUGAAACUUACCACUAGGAUGGUGAUAGCAGCAAUGAAGAAACUCAAGAGCCACGGUGCCGCUGCCAAGCUAGCUGUUCUGGGGAGCCUCAUGGGCUCGCUGUCGAGCGUUUCGGAGACCAUGCUGGAUCUCGAGGGCUGCAUGUUAUUUGCCAACAGGAUGAGCAAGACGAUGCGUGACACUGCUGAGACCCUCGAUUCCCUCAUGAAACAAGCACUGCAACUCCACAGAGAAAUUGAGGGCCAAGGCUCAGAAACAGUGGCAGCUAGCUAG